CACUGCAGCAGAUGCGCACUUCUGACCGUCCUGUCCUGUUAUUAUGUUGGCGAAAGGGCGCCGGCAACACCCAAAUACGGUGCGGCAAAACAGGCAAGUGGCGCUCAGCAUCGUGUCUAAUGAUUGAGUGCGCCAGAAGGACAGUCAUGAGUCACGACUAAGGUCCGCAGGAUGUCUUUUAAGAAGGAAACACCCCUGGCUAAUGCUGUGUUUUGGGCAGCGAGGAAGGGAAACUUGGCUCUGCUUCAGCUGCUGCUCAACAGCGGGCGAGUGGAUGCGGACUGCAGAGACAGUUAUGGAACAACAGCUCUGAUGGUGGCAUCGUACAGCGGCCAUUAUGAGUGUGUCAAAGAGCUUAUCAUGCAAGGAGCGGAUAUCAACUACCAGAGAGAGACUGGUUCUACAGCUUUGUUCUUCGCCUCCCAGCAGGGAUACCAUGACGUCGUCAAGCUCCUUUUUGAAUUUGGUGCCUCCACCGAGUUUCAGACAAAGGAUGGUGGUACAGCUCUUACUGUCGCCUCUCAGUAUGGUCACUCCAAGGUAGUGGACAUCCUCUUGAAGAAUGGAGCCAAUCUGAAUGAACAGCUGAAUGAUGGUGCCACUCCUCUCUUCCUUGCUGCCCAAGGGGGUCAUGUGACUGUGAUUCGUCAGCUUAUGUCAUCUGGUGCCAAGGUUAACCAAGCCAGAGAGGAUGGCACUGCGCCUCUGUGGAUGGCAGCUCAGAUGGGUCACAGUGAGGUGGUGAAGGUGCUUCUCUUACGUGGAGCAGAUCGGGAUGCAGACAGACAAGAUGGAUCAACAGCUUUGUUUAAAGCAGCUUUGAAAGGACACAACGGCGUCAUUGAGGAGCUCUUGAAAUUUUCUCCUUCGCUUGGGCUUCUCAAGAAUGGCUACACACCACUUCAUGCUGCUGUCUUGGGUGGAAAUCUUCAAACUGUCCUGCUGCUGCUUGGGGCCAAUGCAGACCCCACACUACCCAACAAGAACAAUGAACUCCCUGCAGAUCUUACAAAGAGCGAUCGCAUCCUAAAGGUUUUACGUCCAAAACUCGUAAAUGGACACAGUUGAUGACAGCCCAGGUUCCUGCCUUCGUACCUCUCUUAACCAUAAAGAAAAUGUGUAGAGAGGGAAAAGAAAUACAACAAUAGUGUCUAAAAUACUCAACUGCAACAUGUACUGUUCACAGUUCUUGCUAUCUGGACUAAAUAUAGAGCAACACAACAUGUUUGUCUGCCAUCAUCUUCUUUAUGUUCUUGGUCUACACUGCAUGCAUAUAAAUUUAGCACAAAAUGAAGGAAAUUUAUGUAUGGUUGAUACCAAUUGUUGUUGUAUUAUAUGUUGUUGGAAAGCCUGAUUAGUCACCUUUGCAGUGAGGUAUUUCUUGUAAGGACUGUGCUUCUGUGGAAGGAGCACCACAGCUAUAUGUAGAAAAGGCCCCUAAAAACAUGCCAAAAUCCCGUGAAUACUCCAGAAGUGAAUAAAGUUGCUGCCAGGUGUGUACUUGUCACCAAUGUAUGACAGGCAACUGAAUUGAUAGAGAUAUCAGAAUUAUGGUCAACAGCAAUUCUAUAUCUCUAGAAUCUGAGAUCUAAUUACCUCCAGGAUGACAAAGCUCUCCCUCUGCAGAGCCAGGAUCAUCACUGAGUACCUCCAGAAUUGGGAAUGGAGAGGAUGGAAUGACCUGCCAUGAGUCCAGACUUAAACCCAACUGUGAGAUCAGUUUGAACAUGCUUUAUGUGCAAGAGUGACCAACACAGUCAUGCUGAUUGACCUUCAACAACUCUUGGUUGAGGAAUGACAUCUCACAGUAAAAUGUUACCAGACUGGUGACCAUGAGGAGGCGGUACCAGGCUGUUGUGGCUGUGUAUGGGUCUUCCACGUGCUACUGAGACGGGUGAAUAAAGUGUAAAAAUACCCAAAAUAUUUAUUUAAAGGUUUAUUUUAUUUUAAUUUAUUUGUUUAUUUAUUUAUUUAUUUGUUUGUUUAUUGUAUUAACUAUGGGAGAGUACAACUACCUAGUCUACAAAGCUACUUAAAACAGGAGUGAACAUCAAAAGGAGAAUGCAGGAAAUUUUGGCACAUUUUAGGGGACACCACCCAAACUGUUAGCUAUAUUUCAUAUAUUUCUCACAAGUUAUACCUCUGUUAAGAUGACUAAUCAGGCUUUCCAAUUAUGUGCAAUACAACACCAGUUUGUAUUAAAGUGAAAAAAGUAAGUUUCUUACUUUAAGAUUUUUUUUUCCUGGUAUUGUAAAUGUUUGAUGAUAUUUUGCACACUAUAUAGCCUUUUUAAUAAAUGUAUGUAAAUGGA